AUGUAUGAGUCGGAUGACGAAAACGAAAUAAACAGUGACCCUAAAUUUAAUAACGACGAUAUUGAGAAUGAAGACGAAGACGAAGAUGAAGAAUUUUUUACUCCAGGGUCUGAAGAAAUUACAAAAGCCCGGUUAUACUUGGUUAACUAUUCUUUGCUUAAAGCAAAAAGAAGAAUCGCAUUUCAAAAUCAAUUGCUUCAAAUACCAUUAAAAGACCAAUUGAAGUACAGAAGAGGUGUUAAUGAUAGGUUGUCAAGGUUUGAAUUGAUAGGAUCCAAUAUUUUGUCUAACCGAGCAAUAUCAUCAGUGAAAUUUUCACCACUAGGUGAUAAAAUUGCAAUGGGCUCUUGGGCUGGUGAAUUAAAAGUUUUGGAUUCAAACUUGAUAUCGUCUAUAAAUUACGAUUGUAUUGGUUCUCCUGAUGACAAACUAUCAGGAAUUGAUUGGCAUCCCUUUUCUGGAAUUUCACAAAAUGACCGAGAAAUUUCUCUAGCCACUGGGAACUCAUCAGACAAUUUAAUCCAUUUAUGGUCAUUAGAAUCAACAAAGCCUAUAUCUACAUUAAAGGGACAUGACAGCCGAGUCAUAAAAACGAUAUUUCAUCCAUCUGGAAAGUUUUUAGCUUCUUCUUCGUUUGAUCAAACUUGGAGAAUAUGGGAUUUGAAUAAGAAUAAAGAAGUAUAUUUACAAGAGGGACACUCAAAAGAAGUUUAUUCAAUUUCGUUUCAAUGUGAUGGAGCAUUAAUGUUCUCAGGUGGACUUGACGCAAUUGGGAGAGUAUGGGACCUACGAAUAGGCAAAUCUAUAAUGGUUUUGAACGAUCAUAUUAAAGGUAUUUUUGCCUCUGAUUGGUCAGAUAAUGGGUAUCAAAUUGCAACUGGAGGAGCUGAUUGCUCAAUAAAAAUUUGGGAUUUGCGUUAUAAUUUAAAACUUGAUAAUCAAAAAAAUGAAAAUAACAAUACUAAACCAUUAUUUACCAUUCCAGCACACAAUAAACUAGUUUCUGAUAUAAAAUUUUUUAAAGAAAAUGCAAAUAAAAUAAACAGUAUUCUGAACGAAUUUAAACCUGAGAUGAAUUCCUCUUCAAGCACAUUUUUGAUAAGCUCGUCUUAUGAUGGCUCACUUAAAAUUUGGUCAGCAGAUAGUUGGAUUAAAGUAAAAACGUUGAAAGGACACAUUGAUAAUAAAAUAAUGAGUUGUGAUAUUAAUACAAGUGGUGAUAAAAUCAUUUCUAGCGGGUGGGAUCGAUCGGUUAGAUUAUGGUCCAAUGUAAGUGAAGAUUUAAUAUAG